AUGAUAACGUUUGUGUUCGCGGUAUGGUCGGCGGCGCGCGCGUUCGGCUGGCCGUGCGAGCCCCUGGUGACUUCUCCUGAGACUGAAGAUGUUCCGGUGUUGCCGCGGCUGCGAUCAGCUCGCGCGUCAAGUGACUUGUCAACCCUCAGCACGACCACCACUAGUUCUAGUCAAACCAGUAGCGGGGAUCACUCUAAAAGGUGGAGUGAAGCGCCACGGCGCUGGAGUGCCAGGGGUGCAUCUCGUAGGCCACUUAGAAGACAGCCUGUAUCCGCCAGGAGACGGACUACUGGCAGCUUCGAUGUGGAGAAUGGUGGGGCGGGCGGUGUUGCGGGCGGCGCGCGAUCUCCGCUCGAGGGCGGCUCGCCGUCCGCCGCCCUCGUGCUACAGUCACUGCCGCAGCGCCGCGAAUCCUUCCUCUACCGAUCUGACUCCGACUUCGAAAUGUCACCCAAAUCCAUGUCACGUAACAGCUCCAUUGCCAGCGAAAGAUUCAAGGAUGUGGAUGUGGCAGCACAACUGGAUAGAGCGUAUGUAUUUUCCAACGCUUUAUUUGCAUGUUACGUCAAUGAGUUUUGCUUUCGAGUAGUGUUCGCUAGCGUACUAGGCGCGCUAUACUAUCGUUUUCAGCGUACAAGCGUUUGCCGCUCUGUGGGAUACAUGAUGCAUCGUUCGGGGUCCCAAUCUGUUGGUUUGGGGGCUGGGAGCGGGUUUAUCGCAAAAAGUUCAGCUUCGGAACACAGUAUGGCCACUGGGGUCGGGGCUGGCAGCAGCACCUUGCCAAGGACCCUUAGCACCAGCUUUUUGCGUUUUAGAAACCGCUCCUCAUUUUGGGAGAAGUUUUGGGAUGAACGUACCAGGCGUGAUGCGUGA